AUGAUACAUGUGAAGGUUACUACUAAUCAAGGGUUAAGCGAAUUCUCUAUGCCCUUGAGUGCAACUAUUUUUCAAGUGAAGCAAAAGAUUAAUGAAUCAUUUCCUAAUUACAUAGUUGGAUCGGAGGAAGUUCUCUUUUACAAUGGGCAAGUUUUGGAUGAUGAUCGUUCUCUUGAAUCUUAUAAUUUUCGAGAUUUAGUUUCACUUAAUCUUGAUGUGACUCUCCAACAACCAAAAUUUUAUAUUUUGGCGAAGUCUUUUAACAAAGAAACUGUUAUGAAAGUGAAACCAACAACUACUGUGUCACAUUUAAAGGAUAAAAUUGAAAGAAAAUGGGGUAUCUUUAAAGAUGACUUGAUUUUAGCACACAAUCAUGAAGCAAUGAAGGAUGAUUUUCCUCUCUCUUACUAUAAUGUUCAUGCCAAUUCCAUUAUUGAAGUUGUGACUCAAUAUUUAUCACGUUAA